AUGCCACGCCUUAAUCCCCUGGGCUCGGGCGGCCCUUGCAGCGGUGACAGGCAGCCUUCCCUUCACUGGCCUCCCCGUCCCUCCCCACCCAGCCCUUCACUGGCCUCCCGUCCUCUCCCCAGCCCUUCACUGGCCUCCCCGUCCUCCCCACCCACCCUUCACUGGCCUCCCCGUCCCUCCUCACCCAGCCCUUCACUGGCCUCCCCGUCCUCCUCACCCAGCCCUUCACUGGCCUCCCCGUCCUCCCCACCCAGCCCUUCACUGGCCUCCCCUGUCCUCCCCACCCAGCCCUUCACUGGCCUCCUGAUCCGUGUAACUGCUGACCAACACUUCCUCUCAGGACUCAGUCUGACUCUCUCCUCGGCCGCGGGAUGCUCGCUCCCGUAG